AUGGCCACGGAAUCCCGCCGGAUGGCCAUCUCUGACCCUCAUGGGUCCAUCCCGCCUCGGUUCAUCGUGGGCGGGCAGCUCUCCCAGAUGGUUUCGGGCGAUAUCAAGAUGUACGAGUGGAGGCGGGAGGAAGCAAAGAUGGGAAUGGUCGGACUGCAGACGGAGGUGGGACAGAUCAAAACAUUGGCAUGGUCUCCAUCACCUGUACACAAGCAUCUCAUCGCCACGGGUCUAUCUACUGGAAAGACUCUUCUUAUAAACCUUUCGCCAUCCACCCUCUCCCUUCCUGUUCAGCCCGCCAACUCUCCGUCCACCGUCGCUUCUCUUACUGUCAAGCACACUCGACCCGUAACAGCCAUCUCAUUCUCCCAUAUCGAUCCGAAUUAUCUUGCGACAGGUUUGGACAGGCAUCGAUCUGAUUCCUCCCUCUUGAUCUGGGAUGUUCAUGACGCUAUCUUGUCAUCCAAGCUGGAGCCCGAUGGCGACACAUGGACUCGUCCUGAACCAUACCUGAAGUCAACCACCACGACCAAACCCACUUCCUCCGAACCGCGACCUAUCCAAGCGUACUGCCCUUCAGAAGCGAUCCAAGCAGUGUCCUGGAUCCCUUCGUCACCAUACUCCUUGCUUGCAUCUUCCUCAAAUAAAGCAAUCCGGUUGUAUGAUUUACGUGAUCCGACACCUAAAGAGGGCGCGUCUGCAGGGACAGCCGGAUCAGCCGCUCAAUGGUCAUCCCGUGCCGUUCACUUCCUUACUCCGAAUCCCAAAUACGAGCACUCGUUCGCUUCAUAUGAAGCACCUCCCGCUGGUGGUAGCUCUACAGUGCGGCUGUGGGAUACUAGGAGGCCAGGCGCAGAGAUAUUGGGGUGGGAGAUGCCGGGGAAUGUUUGCGGAAUGAGCUGGCUCGAUGGAGGCAGGCUUGGAGUGGGGUCGAAAGAGGGUGGGGUGAGAGUAUGGGAUGUUGUGAGGGGUAAGCGAGAAGAAGGCGAGAACGUCAAAGAGUGGGUGACACUCGGGGGAAUGAGGCAGAUCGUAAAGCCGAGGCAGAAUUUGCAUUCGUUUGCAUUCACUCCAACGGCUCAGAAGGGCAGUCCGGAUGUGAUGUAUGUGCUGAGAGAUGGUACCAUCUCGAUAGGCCCGGUUGGGCAGGCCCCACUUCUCACCUCUUCAUCCCAAGGCGACAUUGCCAUAACCUCCUCUGCACUCAUUCUCAUCAAUCCCGAUAGCCCCUCUACUUCCCCAACCACUCAAUCAUUCCCUGUCGCCGAAAAGAAAGAUAAGGACGAGAAAGACGAGCCCAUAUACCGUCGUAACAAAUUCCAACUUGCCCCUGAACGAAUCACUGCCAUCCUCGCCGAACGUUCUAGCUCUCGUUCUGCGUCACCCUCAUUCACCGGCAAAGCUUCAUACUCCCAGGAUCCCCUCUCUCGAAGCAUCGUAUCGGAAUUUGAGCGGGACAAGGAGCGUGAUUACUAUGAGGCCGAUGGGGAGGUAAUCAAUGAGAGGGAUGAGAUUGUCGGAGGGUAUGAGGGGUGGAGGAAGGUGUUGAGCGGGGAUGUGAGCGUUGUGAUGAGACGGAGAGCCGGUGAAGGGUAUGGGCUGGAUGAUCUGCUAUUGAACGCUGCUGUCGCGAGCAGACAUCCGGGAAAGUUCAAGCUGGCAGGUGUCUGGGAAUUCAUUGAACAUCUGACAAGAACGAUGACGCCCUCACUAUCAUCAUCAAGCGCAUACAAUCUCACACAUCAAGGGAUAUACCCCAUUUGGACUUCUCUUGGUACUCAAGACAUUAGCCCUACCCCGCUCUCCCCCCACUUGGUAAAUGAAAAGCUCAGUCUCGAUAACAGAGGGAGACCAGAGAAAGAAGGAAAAUUCCGGUUCCUUUCUGGUGGAGAUGGUUCGCGCUCGGCUAGUAUGUCGCGUACAAGUAGCCAUACUGGUAGCGGCACCUUUACCCCUAAAGAGACGCGUGAACGAAAAGCAUCAGAUCGGCCAACUGGUACCACAUCAUACCUCUCUCCACCUAGUCAAGAAUACCUCUCUGCGAUCGCUUCCCUCAACGCGACCCGCUCGACGCUACACGACACCUCUUUGCACCCGGGAAUCGUCAGGGCGUCUGUGGGAGGUGAGAGAACAGAUCUGAGAAAGCUUAUCUUGACGCUCUGUGGCGAGAACGGAGAUGGGUGGGAUGGAGGAAGGAGAGGGCGCGGUAAGGGAGAGGUGGAGAGAUUGGUGAAACAAGGGGAGAGAAGUAAAGCUGCUUUUAGAGCUUUCUUCAAGGGAGACGAAGAGGGGACGAUCAGCAUUCUGAUGUCAAGUGAAGACCAAAAUGACAACCUCCUUGGUUCCACCAUCGCCGGUUUCAUGGCUCAAUCUGCAUCCGCCCGUGGCAGUGAAUAUUUCAACUCUCACUGGCGUAAUCUCGUUCGAAGAGUAGACGACCCGCAUAUUCGAGCCAUAUUGUCUAGGAUUGGUGGGGAUGACUGGGAGAGUGUGUUGGAGGAGGAGAAUAUACCCCUCCUGGACAGGAUGGCUGUUGCCGUGCAGCACUUGGAUGACUACGAGUUCUCAACAUUCCUCAGAGGAAGGAUGAACCGCUUCACCCGCUCCGCCUCCCUCCACAUGCUUCCCCUUGCCGGUCUUGCCCCUCCUGCACUCUCCCUCCUGUCGCGCUUCCUGGCUCGUACAGGAGAUAUCCAAACUACCACCCUCCUUUCAGCUUUCUUUCCUCCAGGCAAGAUGACAGGAGCAGAAAAGCAUAUGAGGGAGAGGUGGAGAGAAGCGUACCGGAGCAUGUUGGAUGGGUGGGGCAUGUGGGGAGAGAGAUGUGCUUUCGAUGUAAAGUGGGGAGAGCUGCAGAGGGCACUCGGGGGCGAAGAGGAGGGAGAGAAUAGGAUGGGCGCCUGUCCUGUCUGUAAUAACCCCAUACCGAAAGAUACAGAGUCACGGCUGCAUCGCAAGAACGCUGUGCGUGGCACUCCCAAUGUUGGGAUACCUAAUGUGUCAUCUGUUUGCUACACGUGGAUCCCCAUAGACCACCUGCAGAGGAGCACGAUAAGCCUGCUCAUAUCAGUGACACAAUCGAUGCCGCAUAUGUGUUCUGCCUGA